AUGAGUGCUAUGUACGAGGACCAAUACUAUGCUGCUUCGCGCCGCCGCUCUCUUGCAACCCCUCCUCCAUCCUUGACACCGCGUCACAGCAGAGCGCGCAGCGACAGCGUGCGAGUGAGCCACGGCACUGCCAGCACAAACACCAGUUUCUCCAGCGGACGGAUGUCCGAAGCAACAAAUAUCACCCAGCCGCCCUCUUUCUCCAAAAAGUUUGUAGUGGUUGGUGAUGGUGGCUGUGGAAAGACCUGUCUGCUGAUAAGCUAUUCGCAAGGUUACUUCCCAGAGAAAUAUGUUCCCACGGUGUUCGAGAACUACAUUACACAAACCACACAUCGGGCUUCAGGAAAGACUGUCGAAUUAGCACUCUGGGAUACUGCUGGCCAGGAGGAAUAUGACCGUUUGCGCCCACUGUCGUAUCCUGAGACAGAUCUUCUGUUUGUGUGCUUUGCUAUUGAUUGCCCCGCUUCAUUGGAGAAUGUUGUCGAUAAGUGGUACCCCGAGGUUCUGCACUUCUGUCCCACAACCCCAAUAAUCCUUGUCGGCCUGAAGUCCGACCUGCGCACCAAGAGGACCUGCAUUGAACUUCUAAAGACCCAAGGCUUGACACCAAUUACACCAGAGCAAGGUCAGAACGUAGCCCAGCGGAUGGGUGCAACCUACGCUGAAUGCAGCAGUAAGGAGAUGCGCGGUGUGGAUGAGGUUUUCUCCAUGGCCGUCGACUCGGUCAUCUCAAUCGAAGAACAGGGCUACUCGACACAGCAACCAGGCCGCAUCGGCCGCAAAGAUCGCAGCAGUGCCAUACCCUCCGGAGGAGGUCAACGUCCCGGCAAGAAAAUCAAGAAGCGCACUUGCAAGAUCCUGUAG